GUGUGAGAUCGCGUGCAUGUAAGCACACGCGGAAAGGGGCGCGCUCUGUUUGGUGAAGGGUCGCGUCACGCCCACCAUCAGACAGACUAGCAGGAGGGGGACUACAAAUAACGCUGAGAUAACGGAGAGGAGACACAAUUAUUCCCCUCUGAGCAGGACAUUCAUUGAAAACUACUCAAAGAACACAGCAGCAGUUAUGGCUCAAGCUUUGGACAUUGAUCGCUGGAACCUGGAGUGUGAGUUCAACAACGUGGACCAUCGCACUGAUCUCAACGGUAUAGACCGUCUGAUUGUGAGGAGAGGCCAACCGUUCUCAAUCAGCCUGUACCUUCGCUCUGGAAGCUACCAGCCAGGAGUCAGCUCUCUUGACUGUGUCGUAGAGACAGGUCCUCAGCCGUCUGAGCAGUAUGGCACCAGGGCCUCCUUUGGUCUCUCUGCCAACAUUGACACUUCCCGCUGGAGUGCUGCUGUGACAAGUCCCCCUGGGGACAUGGUGGCUCUGUGCAUCUGCUCUGCCCCUGAUGCACCUAUUGGUCGCUACACCCUGACCCUGGGGCGAUCGCGGAUUGAGUUUAUCCUGCUCUUUAACCCCUGGUGCCCAGGAGAUGCGGUGUACAUGGACGACGAGCAGGGUUUAACUGAGUAUGUCCUAUCUCAGGAUGGAAUCAUCUUUCGUGGCAGCUACAAACAUCCAAUAGCAACUGCCUGGAAUUUUGGCCAGUUUGAAAGUGGAAUCCUGGACAUCUGUCUCAGGAUUUUGGACAUGAAUCCUAAAUGUCUGAGGAAUCCUGGCAAAGACUGCUCAGGGAGGAGAAAUCCCAUCUAUGUUUCCAGAGUGCUUAGUGCCAUGGUGAAUUGUAAUGACGACAAAGGGGUGUUGCUGGGAAAAUGGACAGAUGGCUAUGAGGGAGGUGUCAGCCCCAUGUUCUGGAGGGGCAGUGUGGAGAUUCUGCGCAACUGGGACACACAAGCCUGUCAGCCUGUUCGCUAUGGACAGUGCUGGGUGUUUGCUGCAGUGGCCUGUUCAAUUUCCAGGGCCCUUGGCAUCCCCUGCCGAGUCGUCACCAACUACCUGUCAGCCCACGACAGCAACGGUGACCUGGUGAUUCACCGCUUAGUCAACGAAAAUGGAGAGCUCAUUCAGUCUAAAGAAAUGAUCUGGAAUUAUCACUGCUGGGUGGAGAGCUGGAUGACCAGGCCAGACUUUAAAUCUGAUUUUAAUGGCUGGCAGGCCAGUGACCCCACACCCCAGGAGAAAAGUGAAGGAGUGUACUGCUGUGGCCCCAUCCCUGUUAGGGCUAUUAAGGAAGGCGACCUCACAUUCAAGUAUGAUGCCCCAUUUGUCUUUGCUGAAGUCAAUGCUGAUGUCAUCACCACCAUGAAGAAAAAAGACAACAGUACAUCAAAAGUCACCAGCACUACACUGGUGGGCCAGAAGAUCAGCACAAAGCGUGUGGGCAGUGACGCCAGAGAGGACAUCACUCAUCUCUACAAGUACCCUGAAGGCUCUGAUGAAGAGCGGCAGACUUUCGAGAAGGCCAACCAUCAAAACAAGCUGCUCCAGCAGCAGGAAAAUGAGGGCCUACAUCUCACUAUCAAGGUCACAUCAGACAUGAGGAAGGGUUGUGACUUCGAUGUGUUUGCUGUGGUCACAAACAACACACAAAGUGAGAAAAAGUGCCGCCUGGUGUUUGGAUCCUGCGCCGUUUCUUACAACGGGUUGCUGGGAGAAAAUUGUGGUUUUAAAGACCUGCUCAAUGUUGAACUCUCACCAGGAGGAGAGAGGCGAGUUCCACUUAGGCUGAACUACUCUAAAUAUGGAGGCGCAAUCACUGAGGACAACUUAAUCCGCCUGGCGGCUCUGUUGGUGGACUACUCCACUGGAGAUGCAACACUGGCAGUGAGAAACAUUGUGCUGGACAAUCCUGAAAUCAAAGUCAGAAUCCUGGGUGAACCAAAGGAGAAUCGGAAGCUGGCUGCAGAGAUCACCCUCAAAAACCCUCUGCCAGAGUCGCUGGAGAACUGCUGCUUCAGCAUCGAGGGGGCCAACCUCACGGCGGGACGCGUCAUCUCUGAGAGGCUGGACUCCUCAGUGGGACCAGGGGAAGAUGCCAAGGUGAAAAUAUACUUCACUCCCACCCAUUCUGGGCUAAGAAAGCUGGUGGUCGACUUCGACAGCAACAAGUUGUGUCAUGUCAAGGGCUACAGAAAUGUCAUCAUUGGAAAAUAAAGCCCUGUAAUCCUGAAAAUGUAUUAGACGGCAGUACUGUUAUUUUGUCAGAACUGCAAAUACGAAUGCUCCCACCUUUGCACAGUGUUUAGAAGAUAAAAUGCUCAUCAGUUCAAAUACUUUAGAAUCUCACUAUAUAUUCCUGAAUGCUCCAAUUAUACCUGUUUUUAUUCAGAGCCAUAAAUAUUUAAAUGUGAACGCUUUGUACUCAUUGAUGCUGAUCAAAUCUCUGCUUGCAAAACUUUUAACAGAAUACAUACUGUGAUCUCAAGUGAGGCUUAGUAUUUUGAGUACUAUGUACUAUUUUUUAAUAUUUUUUCAGUGCUUCAAUUAAAAGAGUUGUUACAC